GGUUAAAGCGCGCCGUCUGAAAAACCUUCUGUGUCGAGAAGGCGCGAUGCUAUGGUGGUUCUCCACUUGUCUUCUAGUUCAUCUUUUAUUUCUUUGAGUAACAACGUCGAACGGCUUAUGUGCGCUGCAACCAAACAAGUGAAGUGGUCGAAAACUUAUAAAGAAGUAAUAUGAUUUUACCAGUGGUAAAGCUAGGAACGCUUGCUCUCAAAACGGUUUGCAAACCCAUAGCCAAUAGGCUCAAGAAGGAAGCAGGGCUGCACCCCAGGUUCCGUCAGUUCAUAAUCAACAUUGCACAGGCAAACCAUCGAUUCACAACAACAGUGCAAAGGCGGAUUUACGGUCAUGCAACUAAUGUUGCAAUACGUCCUUUGGAUGAGGAGAAGGCUGUCCAAGCUGCAGCUGAUCUUAUUGGGGAACUCUUUGUUUUUACGGUUGCUGCAGGUGCUGUCACUUUUGAAGUCCAAAGAAGUUCCAGAUCAGAAGCAAGAAAGGAGGAGAUAGUUCCAGAUCAGAAGCAAGAAAGGAGGAGAUGCGAAUACGGGAAUUACAAAAAGGGAGUUGACAGAUGGAUGGAAUAUGAUAAAGAUGAUAAGGUAUUUAAUUCAAGCAUUAUCCACUUGGUCUCAAAAAUUUAUAUAAUCUGUGUAGACCGUAGGCAUGGGUUGCCUGGAAUUCCAAAAUGUAAAAUUUCUAAUCAUGGAAAAUCAAGUUGAUGCAUUGUCUAUUUAUUUAUUGAAUAUACCAUUUCCUCACGUGGAAUGGAUCCAUCAGAAAGUGGUGCAAUUUACACUACUUGUGUCUAUUUAAAUUAUCUUAUCAAAUGUUAACUUCAAAUGUGUAAUAGUGGUUUGGGUACCAUCUACAAUAAUCAGCUUUCCUCCUUUUCUGCCCUUAAUUACUUCUUUACAUUUCUUCAAUAUCUUUAUACGUUCUUCAUCACUCCAAUCGUGCAAAAUCCACUGCUUAUAACCAACAAUAAGAAUCAAAAAUUGUUAACAGAUACAAAAAGAGGAACAAAA